GACAAUGGGGAAUACGAACAGCUCUCACAAGAUAUCUUCUCAAGAUAGAGCGAUUCUUGAUAUGAAAAACCAACGUGAUAAACUCCAGAAGUAUCAAAAGCGCAUCACCGUUCUCACAGAUCGUGAGACCGCAAUCGCGAAGGAAUGCCUCGCCCGAAAUGAUCGCAAGCGAGCCCUCCUUGCCUUGCGUCGCAAGAAGUACCAAGAGUCUCUUCUAGCGAAGACCGAUGCACAGCUAGCACAACUAGAACAACUCACUAGUCAAGUUGAAUUUGCCCUUGUACAGAAGGAUGUUCUCUAUGGAUUGCAACAAGGAACACAGGUACUUCAAAUGAUAAAUAAGGAAAUGGGGGGCAUUGAAGGAGUAGAGAAGUUACUGGGGGAGACGGAAGAAGCCAGGGCUUAUCAGGAGGAGAUCAGUCAGAUGCUCGCCGGGAACCUGUCUAAUCAGGAUGAGGAUGAAGUUGAAGAUGAACUGGAGGCCCUACAACGCGAAGCACAAGGGCCGGUCAGCCUCCCUAAUGUCCCAACAGCGCCGCCAGAAGUGGAAACCCCAGAAGAGGAGCUGAAGAAGCAGAAGGCGAGGGCAAAAGCUAGGGCCAGAGAACAAGCUGCGAUUCCCGCUUCCUGA